CCGCCGCUGGCUCAGGCUGGCCUUGCCCGACCGCCCGCGCAGGCUCUAACGCGCGCGCCCCGCGGGAAGGCCCGUGGGCCCGCCCCGCCUGGCGCGGCCGCGAUGGGUGGGCGGGCGCGCGUUGCGGCCGCCGCCGUGGGGCUGCUGUUGGUGGUGAGCCCCCAGGUUUCGUCCCACGAGGUGCCCGAACCAAGCCUGACGGUUCGCCGGAAGCAGAAGGACGGCUCCCCGAUGGCCCUGUUCACUCACGCCGACAACCAGCUCCACUGCCCAGACCGGCACCUCGAGCAUCCCUGCGUGGAGGAGCUUGGCGCGUACCUCGCGAGCAAGUCGGACGAGCAGGUCCGGACCACGGCGCUCGAUUGCGUCAACGAGAUUCUCACCAUUACAAACGACUACUGGGAACUCAAGAACAUGACACACCUCUUGCUGGAUCUGGACACGAAGGAUCAUGUGUUCGACAAGACCUCGCGCGACAAUGAUUUCGUCAUGGCCGGACUCAAGUUCGCAGACAAGCUCAUGCGGCACGAGGAGUGCCUCAAGGAAUUCGACGUGAAGUCUGAGCUGGAGGGCCGCUGCGUAGCCCUAUACGCCAAGAUAUCGGUCUUGAAGUACAAGAACGCUGGCAUGCUGAAGGAAGCCAUGGACGUGUACCGCAGGGUCACGUCCAUGGCGUGGGAGGGCACCGAGCGGUCGUACGGCCCUGGCGAGGCUGUGCCCUGGGACGACUUCUCGCACACGCCGCAGAUCAUCGUCCCCCGGCUGCGCAGCAUGCCCAUGUGGGGCCGCGAGACGUGGGGAGACCUUCCGAUCUGCAAGCAGCUGGAGGACGCCUUUCCGACGAUCCUGGAAGAGACGGAGCUCGCCCUCAAGAACAAGUCGCAGAGCGGCUUCGAGGACGCCUACCGGUUCCUGUACGAGAAGGGUGAGUGGAACCACGUGCUUCUGUACCACGGGAGAGAGUUCACAGAGGAGUGCGAUCGGGUGUUCCCGAAGACAUGCGCGCUACUGAAGCAGUGGCUCCCCUCGAAGCCCGGCCUGCCGUGGACCUCCAACCAGAACGAGCAGGUCAUGGUCAUCAGGAUGAAGCCAGGCACCGACGUGGAGAUGCACAGCGGCCCUGCAAACAAUAUUUUGAACAUCCACCUCGGCCUCACAGGCGAUCUUCAGAGGGCUAAACUGGUGGUGGCCAACAAGACGUACGCUUGGGAGAGGGGCAAGGUGAUCGCCUGGGACGGCAGUUACGACCACCGGGUGCAUUGCCUCGACUGCAUCGAGGACAGGGUCAUCAUGAUGGUCCGGUACAUGCACCCGGACAUGAGCCCGUCACACUACAAGGGCUCGAAGCGCACCUUCUUCGAAGACAUCCCGAUCGAGCUGCAGUGA